AUGACAAAUCCAAAGGUUGUCAUCCUCGACGACUACCAAAACCUGGCUCCGCGCCAUUUCGCCCACCUGUCCUCCCGCAUCGACCUCGCUCAUUUCCCCCACACCCUCAACCCCCGCGAUGCCGCCCAGCGCGACGCCCUCAUCCAGCGCCUCCAACCCUACAAUGUCAUCGUGACCAUGCGCGAACGCACCCCCUUCCCCGCAGAGGUGGUUAAUGCCCUCCCCAACCUGAAACUCCUCUUGACCGAAAGUACGCGCAACUUGGCGCUGGACCUGCAGGCCUGUGCCGAUCGCGGCAUCCUCGUGGCGGGCACCACGGGUCGGCCGGCGGGGCUGCAUUCGACGGUGCAGCAUACUUGGGCUCUUAUACUGGGAUUGGCACGGCAUAUUGCUCGGGAUGAUGCGGCGGUUAAGCGAGGUGGAUGGCAGGGGAAUCAGCUUGCGACGAACGUCUCGGGGAAGACGCUGGGGAUUCUGGGACUGGGGAAGUUGGGCGCUCAGACCGCGAGGAUUGCCAUUCUGGCGUUUGGGAUGCGGGUGAUUGCGUGGUCGACCAACCUGACGCAGGAGAAAGCGGAUGAGCAGGCUCAGGCGCAGGGCCUCCCGAAUGGAAGCUUCGAGGCUGUGUCUUCCAAGCCCGAGUUCUUCCGCCAGGCGGAUGUGGUUAGUCUGCACAAUGUGCUUUCUGAGCGCAGUCGCGGAAUCGUGGGCAAGACAGAGCUGGAGACCAUGAAGCCAACAGCGCUACUGGUUAAUACUUCGCGCGGGCCGCUCAUCGACGAGGCUGCGCUUUUGGAAGCGCUGAGUGCGGGGCAAAUUCGCGGCGCUGCGCUGGAUGUGUUCGACACGGAGCCAUUGCCCGUUGACAGUCCAUGGCGUACGACUGCUUGGGGACAGGAUGGACGGAGUGAGGUGGUUUUAUCCCCGCAUAUGGGAUACGGAGAGGAGGAGCAGUUGAAUGGGUGGUAUGAGGAGCUGGCAGAGAAUCUGCGGCGGUGGCUGGAUGGGGAAGAGGUGCAAGCACGGAUGAAUUAG